UGGGCAGCGUGAUUGGAUUAACUCAAAGGCGGACCAUAACUUAAGUACUCGUUUUCUUUUGUAGAACCAUCUUCUACCCUUGCUUGCCUGCUCUUCAAUUACAAUCGCUCCCUAACUAUUUUUCGUCAUGGUGAAGGACUACUUAUGGAGGCAAAGAGUCAAGUUCGAGUCGACCUUGGCACUGUCUAUGCUUGAGCCUUGGGAGAAACUUCUCUGCUUGAUCAUAUUCUCGCUUUUGACGAUGUUGGUGAUGAUUGGACUGUUCCAAUACUUGCCGCAACAUAUUAUGGUCAUGCAACGACGGGCCAUAUAUUACCUCUGGGGUCAGGAAGGAGACGUAUUUCGCUCAUGGGUGGAGACACCUGGGCUGAAAGAGCUAUAGUACGUGCCUAAUUUUCCACUCAUGGAGAUCUUCCCCUAUGCUAUCUAUCUGGAUCCAUACCUUCCAUAUCCUUGACUCACCUACGUAUACCUCCUUUGUAUACUCAUACAUGACUACAAGAAACUCUUAUUGCUGAACCAAUUUUGGUGCGCUCCAUCAUACAGCAGCCACGUGAUGACCCAAUGAUACUACAAGUUAUUGGGUUGCAAGACACUUGUUGAGUUUUCUUCCCUGUCCAGCCCGCAGAAACGCACUUUUUUUUUCUCAUCGACGCUG